AGAGGAGGAGUGCUGGGGGGGAGGAGGAGUGAUGAGGGAGGGAGGAACAGUUUGAAGAGCUGGGCUGAAGUUAGAGUAGCUGCAGAUAGACAGAUAGCAGCAGAGAAAGAGAGACAGAUUGGGGAAAAGUGAAUAAAGUGUGAUUUGAGGAAUAUGUUGCUAUAACUUUUGGAUUUAAUUUUAUCCAUAUAUUCAACUUUUUUGUCUAAUUUUUUUUUACUUUUUUUGUUUCCUGUUGUGAGGUGCUUCCCCACCUGAGAGUUAUAUUUUUAGAGUGUGUGCGUGAGAGUGUGUUUUUGUGAGUGUAUGUGUAUGUGGGUGUGAUAUAUAGUAAGCCAUGGAGCUGGAGCAUUUGGGCGGCGGUGGGGUUAAACCCGAGAGGGGCAACACUCGUCUCUACAGGAUAGCACUGGCCAUGUGUGUGUGUCUCUGUGCUGUACUGCUGCUUGCACUCAUACUGGUUUCUCAAAAAUCCAGUCAGGAGGAGUUCUGUCUGACCCCAGAAUGCAUUGAAGCAGCGGGGUCUAUUUUAAGUAAAAUAGAUCGGUCUAUUGACCCCUGUGAGGACUUCUAUAGUUUUUCCUGUGGAGGUUGGCUAAAGGAGAACCCCAUCCCUGAAGACUCCUCCUCGUACGGCAUCUACCCCUGGCUGCGGCAGCAUGUCGACAUCCGACUAAAAGAGUUACUGGAAGCUCCAUCAGACCCUGAUGAACUGGAUGCAGUGACCAAAGCUAAGAUCCUCUACCGUUCCUGUAUGAAUGAGACUAUGCUGGAGAAGGUGGACACUAAACCGAUGCUGAAAACACUGAAACACCUGGAGUUUCGGUGGCCCGUUGUUGGGGACGGGCUCGGCGGGGACUAUCAGUGGUCGCCAGGUCAGUGGAACCUCCUGAAGACUCUGGCAGAGAUGAGGAACCAGCACAGUAAGAGUGUCCUGAUUCGCCUGUAUGUCUCCCCUGACGACAAAAACUCCUCACACUACAUCAUCAAGCUCGACCAGGCGUCCUUGUCUCUGCCCUCCAGGGAAGACUACAUCACCAACACUUCCUCCGCCCAGGCGUACCGUGCAGCACUGCUCAGUUUGAUGGUGGAUACAGCCGUCAUGCUGGGUGCUCCAGAGAAAGCAGCACUGACCCAGAUGGAAAAGGCUCUCGCCUUUGAGACCAGACUGGCUCAUAUCCUGAUUCCCUAUGAAAACCGCACCAGUGAGAACAUGUACAACAGAUACACACUCUCUCGCCUGCAGCGCUUCAUACCACAGUUUGACUGGCUAGGUUUUGUAAAAGCUGUGGUGGAGUCUAAAAAUGACCCAGCUCGGUCCAUCUCCUCCUCUGAGCCCGUGAUCGUCCGAGCCCCACAGUACUUCAAGGAACUCGUCAAGCUCAUUAACACCACAGAUCCCAGGACUGUAGCAAACUACGUACAGUGGAGGACAGUUUUUUCCAGGAUCACCACUCUGAGUCGUCGUUUCCUGUACAGAUACCUCGACUAUGCUCGGGUAACCACAGGAACCACCUCUCUAACCCCGCGCUGGGAUAAGUGUGUCAACUACGUUGAGAACUCGCUUGUUUAUGCCACCGGGCGCCUUUUUGUCAACACACACUUCCAGGAGGACAAGAAACACAUGAUGGAGGAGCUGAUCAAGGGAAUUCGCUGGGCGUUCAUCGACAUGCUGGAGAAAGAGAAUGACUGGAUGGAUCAACCAACGAAGACAAGAGCCAUAGAAAAGGCUCAUGCAGUCCUGGCAAAGGUUGGCUACCCCGAGUUUAUUCUGAAUGACACCUACCUCAAUGAAGAUCUAAAGGAGUUAAAGUUCAAUGAGUUGGACUACUAUGGUAAUGUGAUGCAGACGCUGAAGUUCAUUGCCCAAUCUGAUAUCGCCUGGCUUCGAAAGAGCGUGCCACGUACAGAGUGGUUUACAAACCCAACAACUGUGAAUGCCUUCUACAGUUCUUCCACAAAUCAAAUCCGAUUUCCUGCUGGAGAGCUUCAAAAACCCUUCUUCUGGGGAAGAGAGUAUCCAAGAUCUUUAAGUUAUGGUGCCAUUGGAGUGAUAGUCGGACAUGAGUUAACACAUGGCUUUGAUAAUAACGGUCGCAAGUAUGACAAAAAUGGAAACCUUGACCAGUGGUGGAGUAACUCGUCUGUGACAGCCUUCAAUGAGAAGACCCAGUGUAUGAUAGACCAGUAUAAUGGCUACCACUGGGAUGAGGCAGGCCUGAAUGUGCGGGGUAAGAGGACUUUGGCAGAAAAUAUAGCAGACAAUGGAGGAAUAAGAGAAGCAUUCAGGGCAUACAGGCGGUGGGUAGAUGAGAGCAGAGGUGGUGUGGAGGAGCCUCUGCUGCCUGGAGUUGGACUGAACAACAACCAACUGUUCUUCCUGAGCUAUGCACAUGUGAGAUGUAACUCUUACAGACCAGAAGCAGCCAGGGACCAGAUCCAGAGCGGCGCCCACAGUCCACCAAAAUACAGAGUUGUCGGAGCAAUGAGUAACUAUGAGGAGUUUCGGAAAGUAUUCAGCUGUCCUGAGUCAUCAGUUAUGAACCGAGGAGCACAGUCCUGUCGGGUGUGGUGACCUUUGACCUCAGCUUGACCCUGAACCAGGCCAGAGCUGUCAGCAGGACGCCUGUUGAAAAGGCUGAUAUGCUUAGCCAACAUAGUUUACAUGAAGUGGGAGCCAUGAAAAAUGAAUGAGUUGUUCUCACAGAGGAAUAUGAACCCUAACUCAUAGACAUGUCAGGGAAUUAUGCCAUUUUUAAUUGGAUAUUGUAUAGUUGUUACUGCAACAAAUUUGUAGUGUUUUUUCACAGGUACAUUUACUGCAUAUGUUGCAGUUACUACAUAAAUUAUGACUGAAGGCAUUUGUCAAGGACCAUAGUUUAUGACUAUUUGAAACAGUGUUUUUUGCAGGCUAUUUAAAAAAAAUUAAUAAAACCUGCUUCUUUUUACAACAACACUUACAGUAUAUGCACUGUGAGUGUGACUAAAUAAAGCUGGCACAUUUUUUAUGGUAAUAAAGAAUGUAUAAUACAUUAAAGUUAAGAUACAAUCACUAGAACUAUUUUUUUUUACAGCAACAUAUAUUCCAGAUGUUACAGUGUGGGAGGCAGGAAUAUUUCAGGUCAACAUCUGCAUAUAUUCAUUAGCAGCCUUGUUAAUGAAUUCCCAGCAUCUCAAACCAAAGAGUAAUUCAUAUUUUAGCAGAAAUAUGAGCAGAAAAUGUAGAAAAUAGUGCUAUAAAAAGUUGCAUACUUUUUAAAAGCUUAUUUUUCUUGUUUUCCUUAUUUUUCUUGAAAUAAUUGUGAAAGCCUGUGAUGUAAUUAUGUGUGUGUGUGUGUGUGUGUGUGUGUGCGCGUGUGCAUGUGUGUUGGAGGUCUCCUUUGGUAAGUCUCAGUCUUGUCUUGGUUUCUGUUCCACUUUGUUUCAGUCUCUUGUGUCAGACAUUUAUAUUCAUUCUGCUGCAGUUCAGCCUGAGGCAAAUGAACUCACAGAAUUACAAGCACUCAAACUACAAGAUGCACUCUGCAUUUGUCUUUCUGUCUCUGGUGCUGAGCUGCACUGCAGACGUGCACUCACACAUCCGUUUCUUGUAGUAUUUGAUGUUGCCCUGGAACACUGGGAGUCUUUAUAAAGCAGAUUUAACAAAUUAGUCAGAAAAUGACAACAAUAUAGCUUCAGAAAUAUUAUUUACUCCUAAAUUCACUGUUAUGGUGUUGUUUUCUGUAUUUAAAUGAUUGUUGCCAUUGUAUUUUCACGUUUCAUUGACCAACUUUUCUAAUUCUGCUUUUGGAAGCUUCUUGAUUCAUAUUGCUUAUGUCUCUGUUUGACUUGGGUGAUAAUGAAAUAUUAUCCUACAGAGGCUGGUUUUACCAGCUCUUCAUAAAUUAAAACUUAGCCUAGUAAUAAAGUGUUUUCUAAGUGAGGAUAUACACAUGUUUUAUUUAAAAUAGAUUGCACCAAAAAAAACUAGUCCUUACAAAACUGCCAGGUGAAACUGUUGGGUAACUAGCAAGCUUGACUGACAAAACUACUGUUAGCGUGCUGAUAUAGACUUAAGCAUAUCAGAGGUAAUAUGGUCGACAUGUCUGACCUGAGUUUUGAUGAUGUUAACUGGGAAGAUUUUAAACUACAUUUCACAAAAUUAACUCAAUCCACCUGAAAUUACAAAACAUAACACCAGUAAUGUUAGCCUAUAUGGUCAAAUAUUGUAACCUUAUAUGCAUAGUCAGUACUUCCCUCUCACUGUAAACUGCAGAGUUUGUUAAUUUCAGAUGUUGUGUUACUGCUUAUGAUGCUACGGUGGCUAGCUGUUUUACAUGGCUGAGUCAGACGUUUUCUUGUUUAAAGUCCGAUUUAGCAAUAGUUUGAAACUUGCCAGUUGUUACCACCAAGAACUUUGCAGGAAUUUAACACACAAACUUAGCAAUAUAGAGAUGAUAUGAAAACUAGCCAGUGUACUGAACCGAUCAGCCCUUUUUUGAUUAAUAAAUCUGUAAUCAAUAAAAUUCAGAGGAAAAUUUUAUACAUGUAAAAUCCAACAAGGAAAAUAAAUCUCAAAUCUAGCAUUAUUUUUGACACUGUCUAUAAAUUAACAAAAUAUUAGUACUAGCAGUUAUUGUAAUUAUCAAUUCAUCCGUUGAUUACUUCUACAAAUGAUCUUUUGGUCAAAAAUGUUAAUCUAAAAGAUGUAAAAAUCUAAAUAUCUAAUAAUGUCAGGAAAUGGUGAAAAAUGCACAUUUCCCAGAUGAUGUCUUCAAAUGUCUUUGUUUUGUCCAACCAGUUCUUUAAAUCCCAAAGAUGUUCAGUUUACAGUGAUAUAAAAUAGUGAGAGCCAGCAAAUUCUCUUUAUUUACAUUUAUUAUUUGGAAGUGUUUUUUUCUGGAUAUGCUUUUUUUUUUAGCAGAAUGGGAUGAUUAGUAAUUGCCAUUGUUCUUGUACCUUUGUAUCUGUAUGUUGUGAUCGUGGUUCAGUGUGUUUUUAUUUUUGGGUUGUGCUCCUGUCUGUCAGGUUCUAAUAAAACUCUGACAUUACGCUGUUA